UUAGAUUUUUAUUUAGCUUUUAAAAACAACUCAUUCACAUGAUUCACGAUGAAAAUGCACUUUUAAUACAGUUAUAAGAAAGGUAGAAAAGCUAAAAGUUACUGUAAUUUCAACUUUUGCGGUUACGGAUAAACAACAGUGAAGACCACAGGAUCUGUAAGAAGCAAAUUCUCCUCAAAAAGCAGGCUAUGGAAUAUCAUUCGCUUAUCAACAAAGACACCAUUCAGUCCAGUAGUGCGAAAGAUGAACCGUGCGUGAAAAGGAGAAAAACUGCUCAUGUUGACGAUCAAGGGAACAAUGUUGUGGACGAGAUUGCGAGCCAUGCGGACGAUUUCGAGGCUGACGACCUCGAGGAACCCUUGGCAGAUCCUGAUGAGCCCCUCUUGGAUUCCUUGAUUCCGGGAGUAAUUUCCAUUAGCUCAGACGUUAUUGAAAGCGACCAUAAACGACAGUGGACUAUCCCUCCACUCUCAGUGCAAGAUGAACUUGUUGUUAUGGACUUUCUGCAAACCUGUGCCUUGUUUGAUAUUCCGCAAACGCGGGCUGGAUUGCGACCUGCGCUUCAGGCUGCUGCCAACUGCAAAGGAAUUAACUGUUUGUUUGGCGAUCACUGGAUGCAGCAGUUUCUGCAGCGUCAUCCGCAAAUUGGCCGGAUCCGCAACGAAGCGCGCGACCGGCGUUUAUCCCCGACGUGGAGCACUGGGCACUUUUCCAGUUUUCUCAGGCUGCUCUCUGCGCUGCAUGAACGGUGCUACUUGCUGGACGCCCAGCGUGUGAUCUAUGCUGACUUUUCCAUGCUCCUCAUUGGAGGAAAUCAAAUGAAAAUGAGCUUCGAGGAAGGUGGACCAGCAUACGGCGUUUCGGUAUUGAGCUUCGGUGCGGCCUCUGGGGGCGUCCUGAAGCCUCUCUUGAUCAGCGAUAAGGAGUUGAUCAACGAGGAAGACUGGGACUUGCCACCCGAUGACGAACCAAAACGCAAACCCAUCAAGAAAAAACUGACUCCUGCUAGCAGUUCUAAAUUCAAAAAGGGGAAUUCGGACGCGAGCGAAGAGAAUGUAGACUUUCCCAUUACUCAAGCUGUGUUCAACGCCUACAUUCUCAACGAACUGAUUCCAUAUUUGAACAGCUUACCAGCAGAUACCUCGUGUAAGAAUGUACUGUAUUUGAAUCGUGGAUUCUGGCAUUUAAUGACGGAUUCUCUGUUGAAUGUUGCUCUGGAGAACGACAUUGUCGUGGUACCAAUUGCACCGGGAGUGCAAAUGGAUUUGAAGCCGUGGGAAGUGUAUGAUUUCAGCCCAAUCCGGUGGGACCAGCGCAUAUCGUUUAAAGAUGCCAAAUUCACACUGCAGCUGUUGCGGCUGCAUGGAUUCGCCCGGCAUCUGUGGGAAGUAGCGGUGCAGUGCUAUUAUGACCGCAAUCUACCGGCGGAGUUCAGUCGACUGGGCCUGUUCCCAUAUCCGCCUAGCCUGGAAACUCUAAUUGCGUCAGGAAUGCCGCGCAAGACGCGUUAUUUGUACGGUAGUUUUGUCGAAGUGGACCGGAAUAUGGGAUGGUUUAAGGAAGUCCACGAGAAGCUCCUGCGCCGGUUCGGCAUCACAAACGAAGAAGCGGCCCUGGCUUUGCAGGGUGUUAUCGACAGUACGAAUGAAAUUCUUUCCGCUCGAAAUUCGGGGGAGGUGGUAGCACGGGUGGAAAAUGGCGACGACUAACCUGUGCAGCAUUAUAGGCUUGGACGCCGCUUGGUGCUGCGGAUCAGUGUGUGGACAGUGUGGUGUAUGGUAAUUUGUAGUUCAGCUGUACUUGCAUGGAUUGGACAGUAUUAUCUAGAUUUUGGUUUGUAUUUUGAUGAAAGUAGGUUGCAUGAUGAAAACGAACCACAUGUAAUUUUGGGAUGUGAAACGUCUGUUGACAAUGAUUUCUCGUAAAACGAAUUGCUGUUAAAUUUUACUUUGUCACAAUAAACGUAAU